UAAGUGCAAAGUUAUGCACUGCGGCCGGCAAAAUCCAAUGGUAAAGUAUUACAUGAAGCAAACAAAUGGUGUUAACAUGGAGAUUGAAGUAACUGAAUUGGAGAAGGACCUGGGAGUUUUCGUGUCCAAUACUUUAACGGCCUCUGUCAACUGCGCAAGGGUGGCUAACAAGGCUAUGGGAGCCUUGAGGCUGCUGCGGAUAUCAUUUGACAGAUUAACAGUUGAAAAUUUCAAGCCAUUAUUCACAACUUAUAUCAGACCUCACUUGGAACAUUGUUUACAAGCAACAGGGCCAUACAUGAAGAGAGACCUAAAGAUGCUGGAAAAAACGCAAAGAAGGGCUACAAAGCUUGUGCAAGGACUACGGGACAAAACAUAUGAAGAAAGGUUGAAAAUUUUGCAGCUCAUCAGUAUUGAGGAAAGGUACAGGCGUGGAGAUAUGAUAGAAACCUACAAGAUGUUGACAGGAAAAACCAAUGUGGAUCCGAAUCAAUUCUUUGUCAAGGAGCAAGGUCACAUGACUAGAGGACACUGUUUGAAGCUCAAAGUGAACCGAGUAAAGACCAAAGUAAGGGCAAAAUUCUUCUCAAACAGAGUGGUCCCUCUCUGGAACAGCCUCCCAUCAGAAGUGGUAGAGGCAGAAACAACAAACGUUUUCAAGAACCGGCUCGAUAAGUUGAAAUAUGGGUACCAGUGACGCUUUCCUAUCUGUCUGAUUCCUGAUCAUUAGUCUCCAAGUACUUACGAUGUGGGCACUGAAUAGCCUGCCUAAAUCAGCCCACUAUCCCUAAUCUAAUCUAAUCUAAUCUAAUUUCAGCAUGACUUCAAAGGAUCAUAAUCAUGGUGAUGGGAGCAGCCACUGCUGCUCCGUCCAGUCAGCUGUCCCAUCAGUUUCACAGACCAUGGAUGAAAUGGACUGGGAGAGAGGAAUCUGGCCAGCAGCUCUGGAGGGCGACACUGCCCGCCUGGAGCGUCUGCUCCGCUCCGGAGUACCCGCUGACCGGCCGGACCGCUCCGGGUACACGGCGCUGCACUACGCGGCGCGCGCCGGCCAGCUGGAGGCCGUGGAGCUCCUGCUGGCCGCCGGCGCCGCGCCCGACACCCCCACCGGCGGCGGCGCCACGGCGCUGCAGCGGGCUGCCGGCGCCGGCCGGCUGGCCGUGAUCCGCCGGCUGACGGCCGCCGGCGCCUCGCUCACCGCCCGGGACCAGCGCGGUCAGACGGCGCUGCACCGGGCCGCGGAGGCGCAGAGGACAGACGCCUGCCGGCUACUGCUGCAGAUGGAGCCCGCGCUGGCCGCCGUCAGGGACGAGCGGGGCCGCCGGCCAGCCGACCUGGUCACUGGCGACGGAGAGCUGAGGCAGCUGCUGAUGGUUGAGCCCGAGGUGUCUCCCAACGGCUCGGCUGAACCCGGCUGAUGAAACAAGGCUGCGUUGGGGGUCUGACUAAUGCGUCCCGUGUUAGGAGACCGAGCUCCGACUGGGAUAGAAACGACAAACCCAUUCAUUGCAGAUGGAGACUGCCUUGCAACGUGGAACCUUUAUUCGCAUGAAAGUUACGCGCGCAUGCGAAUUAAGGCUACCUCGUACGUUUGAAGCAUUUCUCUGGUUCAAGCCUUUUAUGGCCUUCCUCGAGCCAUAAGCUGAAGUAACGUCACGGCUGUGGUGACUGGACCCCAUGGGGUCCAUACUCCAAACUGUCUUAUCCAUACUGUCUUAGCUGGCAGCACGUCUUAUCUGGGAACAGUUUUGUUCCAGUCGAGGUGAUCAGAAGGCUCGUGCCGUAGCGAAUUUGGUGUUCCGCUUUACAAAAAAAAGAAUACAUGAAGCACGUCAC